AUGUUCCCGCAAAGAUUCGGUCUCAUCUCGAUUAUACUCGUUGUCGUUACUGUCGUGCCGAAAAGGACGAUGUCCAGACCGACGGUACCGACGUGGCACCUGCCGUGCGGUAGAAACAUCGUCACGGAGACGAUCUCGUCCGACGAGAACGACCUCAGGGGCGGUCUGGACAACGUAAUGCUGCAGCAUCAGCUGACGCUGAACGAUUACCUGAAGCAGGACUACGAGUACUUCUACGAGAAAGUGAGGAUUAGCGUUCGCGACCACCAGUACAUACCCACCUGGGUGCCCGGCAAGAAGGACGUGAAUCUCGUGAAGAGACUUGCCAACGCCGAUUCGCAAACGAUUGUUAAUCACUUGCCAAAAUUGCACAUGGACCUUCAGAAGUUCGCCGUGGCGUUCGAGGAAUUGAUCGAGGACGAGAUCAACUCUCAGCUACAGAAAGCUCUCAGAGAGACGCAAUCGCAGUUGAUGAUGAUGCUGUGCGAGGUCGAGAGCAACAUCAUGACCUUCCCGACUCUGCAAGUUCCAACUCGCGUGGAAAGAAGUAUCAUGAACAGCAUCGAACGCGACCCGGUCGACGAAACGAGGCGACUCAUCAGAGAUUGGGGCAUACUUCUCAAAUACCGUGACUAUUUGCACGCUUGGAGACAUGUGUUCAACUAUUAAGGACAAAGGGAUAUUAGACUAUUGUCAGGUGAUCAUCGAUCAUCAGACGUGAGACACGUAUGUGAAAGAUGGCGAGCAUAGUGCAUUUGCAACUGACGUAAAUUGAUAUUUAACACCUGCUGAACAUCUCUAAGCCGUAAAAAGCGCGUCACUAUCCGCAAAGCGGGUACUGCAAAGUCAUUGACGAUCA